AUGACAUCUAAUUUAGCUGAAUCAUUAAACGCAGCAAUAUUACAUGCAAGAGAACUGCCGAUCACAGCCUUAUUUAUGCACCUACAUGACCUCCAACAAGAGUACUCAUACAAACACAGAAAAAUUGCUAUCGAUACAGUCACAACACUUUCAACCAUCCAUGAAGAUAUACUUCUGCAAAAUUACAUUAAUUCACUGAAACUACAGGUGAAACCAUCUUCAGAUGAUAUCAUAACAGUUCUCGAGAAUGGUAAAAAGUACACAGUCAACAUGGUCGAGAGAACAUGUACAUGCAAAAAGUUUGAUAUCGAUGAAAUUUCUUGUAAACAUGCCAUAGCAUUUCUAGCCGACAAGAAGAUUGAACCUUAUGCGUACUGCUCAAGAUACUAUACAAAUGCAGCUAUGUUAGCGACAUAUUCUGAAACUGUAUAUCCAUUGGAGAAGGAAGAAGAAUGGAUUAUUCCAGAACAUAUCAAGAACAUGAUUGUCAAACCACCCCAACAUAGAACACGAACUGGAAGGCCUGAAAAGGGUAGGUACCAGUCAAAGUGGGGAAAUCCGAAAAACGAUCCAAAUCAAGGGCAAUGUGGAAAAUGCGGACACGCUGGACAUAAUAGGAAGACAUGCCGAAACAAGCCAAAAGAUACCUAG